UAUCGUGGCAUGACUCAUCUCUAACGAAAAGACAAAACAAAAACUGCUAUUUGUUGAUUAUUUUGGUAAAUUGGUCAUAAUCACUGCCAUUUAAACGUUUAUAAUGUCUUAUUUGACUAAUUUUAACAAUGAGAGUGCAAAACAAAUACUUAUGGACAUUAUACGAUGUGUCAAUCAGCCGGAAAACUCAAAGAAGCUCUCAGAAGCAAAGGCAUCUGCUGGCAAAGAGAUGAUUCUUAUGAUGCAGCACGUAUUUCCCUUGGUAAUGCAGCUCCAAUUGGAGGUCAUAAAGGGUCAUGGUUUUCCGGGAAACCGCGAGGGAUUAGUUCAGUUUUCACAACUUAUUCGGGAAAUGGAACGUGAUGAUAUGGAAGUUGCACGCCUGCGCAGUCAGAUUCGAGCUAUUUACCUGCCCCCCAUAGCUAUAAAUACCACAAACGAUAUCCUAAUCUAAGCGGGAGGUUAAUCCCCAAAAAAAGACUGUAAGACUGGCCUGAUUCGGGUUUUCAAUCAUUUUAAUGUAUUCACUUCGAAGUCGUCAGUUUUUCCUGCUUUGAAUUGUUUAUUAAGUUUAAAUUGCAUUUCUUUUUUUUAAUCAAUAGAUAAAUCAGUAUUUUAAUGAUAUAUUAGGCUUGCUGAACUACACCAAAAGAAUAAAUUUAAUGCUUAUUUGGUUCAUACAGAAUCUGAAACUAAAUCCUUUGAAAAAUUAUUCCAAAAUAAUGUUAAAAUAAAAAAAAUUGAAUUCGCUAUAUUUCUAACAUAAAUGUAUUUAACGGAAAUCAAUCAUUAACUACAAAUAUUUUUUUCAAAUAGUCGCAAAAAUAUCGCGCCCUGUGUGGCCUUAAAUUUAUAGUGUUCAAGAAAGGUAUUGCUUCAAACUUAUAAUUUAAAAGUUUCUUUUUAAGAAAAUAAAUUUAUAUAAUAAUCUGAAUUCUGAAAAGCAGAGAAAUACUUUCAAUCAAUAAACCAUUUUACGUAUAUGUAAAUUGUCUGCACAAUCAGGAACAGAAUCACAAAAAAAUAUUUACAUUUUAAUAAUUAAAACAUAAUGGUAUGGAAAAAAUGCAUUUCGAAAAAGGGAAGACCUUUAAUAAAUAUAAACCCGAGACAGGCCCUUAUAAUAGACAUAAGUUUAAUGUUCUUAUAAAAUGCAUUUCUUUUUAAAAA